AUGGACAUGGACCGGCACUGGAUGGGCACGGACCGGCACUGGAUGGGCACGGACCGGCACUGGAUGGGCACGGACCGGCACUGGAUGGGCACGGACCGGCACUGGAUGGGCACGGACCGGCACUGGAUGGGCACGGACCGGCACUGGAUGGGCACGGACCGGCACUGGAUGGGCACGGACCGGCACUGGAUGGGCACGGACCGGCACUGGAUGGGCACGGACCGGCAGACUGGCACUGGAUGGGGGGCUGAUGCUUUGCCCCUGGAGGAGAUGGAGAGAGAGCGGCUGGGAGCCCGGCCCUGGGGCUGCGGAGCCGGCCCAGGUGGGAGGCUGCUCGGAGCUGGGAGGCUGCUCGGAGAGCUCAGAGUUCCGUGGAGCCGAGCCGGCCGGCCGGGACCGCGGCGAUCCGCGGAUGCUCCGCAGGGAUCCGCGGAUGCUCCGCAGGGAUCCGCGGAUGCUCCGCAGGGAUCCGCGGAUGCUCCGCAGGGAUCCGCGGAUGCUCCGCAGGGAUCCGCGGAUGCUCCGCAGGGAUCCGCGGAUGCUCCGCAGGGAUCCGCGGAUGCUCCGCAGGGAUCCGCGGAUGCUCCGCAGGGAUCCGCGGAUGCUCCGCAGGGAUCCGCGGAUGCUCCGCAGGGAUCCGCGGAUGCUCCGCAGGGAUCCGCGGAUGCUCCGCAGGGAUCCGCGGAUGCUCCGCAGGGAUCCGCGGAUGCUCCGCAGGGAUCCGCGGAUGCUCCGCAGGGAUCCGCGGAUGCUCCGCAGGGAUCCGCGGAUGCUCCGCAGGGAUCCGCGGAUGCUCCGCAGGGAUCCGCGGAUGCUCCGCAGGGAUCCGCGGAUGCUCCGCAGGGAUCCGCGGAUGCUCCGCAGGGAUCCGCGGAUGCUCCGCAGGGAUCCGCGGAUGCUCCGCAGGGAUCCGCGGAUGCUCCGCAGGGAUCCGCGGAUGCUCCGCAGGGAUCCGCGGAUGCUCCGCAGGGAUCCGCGGAUGCUCCGCAGGGAUCCGCGGAUGCUCCGCAGGGAUCCGCGGAUGCUCCGCAGGGAUCCGCGGAUGCUCCGCAGCGAUCUGUGGAUGCUCCGCAGGGAUCCGCGGAUGCUCCGCGGCGAUCCGCGGAUGCUCCGCAGGGAUCUGUGGAUGCUCCGCAGGGGCACGGCUGCCCUGCCGCUGUGGGUGGCUGCAGCCCUCAGCAUGUUCUGCCUUCUCCCUUUCCUAGGGGAAGAGAGGACGGCCCCGUAGAUCCCGCCGAGCUCCCGCCUGCACCAAGAGGACGGGCCGUAAGUAGCUGUGAUUGCUGCCAGCUUGUCCCCGCCCUGCUGGGACUGGUUUCGCCCUCUCCCGCUGCUGGGGAUGCAGGAGAAGGUCUCUGGGAUGGGAAUCCUCCUCCCUGCGUGGGUUAACGCGGCUCUGAGGUGAUGCUGGGGGUGCAGAGUGAUGGGCCAGGUUAUUUGUUGGGAAUCUCCCUCUGUGCUGGUAGAAUGGGAGAGAGAGCAGAGGAGAGCCCAGGGCUGGCCAGAUCGGGCUGUGGGGCUGCUCUGGGGGUUCUGCUCCUCUGAAUCCGGUGCAAAACAGGAAGCAGAGGAGAAACCACGGGCCGAGGUUGCACGUAAGCCCUGCAAGGGGGAUGGUGACUGCAGGCAGCUUCCGAGCCCCCAAAAAGGGAUCCCCAGACUCAAAAACUACUGGGAGCAGGAGCUGCCUGCAAGAUAACACAGCCCUGGGGCUUGACAUCCCUUAAUUUCCUACCCCUUUUCCCAAAAGAGCUGGGCAUUGCUUGAGCUUGGGUUGGGGGUGGGCUGGAGCAUCUCCAUGGUUUAGUUUUUACCUCCCAGAGCUGUAAGGGAGUGGUGCUCCCGGUGGAUGUUCUGCCUGCUGCUCCCAGGAGAGCGGGGAGAGGCUGCCAGCACCCAGCCUGCACUCUGCCUGCGCCCCCAGCUCUCUGCCUCCCCUUUCUGCUGCUUUUUGGGGGGACUUAGCCCAAAACACGGGCUCAAAGCUGUGUUGCCAAAGCUGCUUUUGCUGUCGCUGCUGCAUCCCCGGGUGAUCCCUGAGGAUGGAGAUACUGGAGAGUAAACACGGCACCGAGGACAGGAUGAGCUGAUCCUGGGACGGCUCCGACCGCGGCUCUUUGCUCCUUGUUCCAGGAGUGAGAGGUUUCCGAGGAGGACAAAAGUGGCCCCACAUCCCUGGGCAGUGUUUGUGUGGGCACUGAGCUCGUGGCACCUCCUUUCUCCAGGCCAGGAUGGGUGACUCCAAGGUGUUAGAGAUUCCCCAAGUACGUGAUGCUCUUUGGUUUGAUCCUGCUCGGCUGCUCCUGUCCCUUCUGACUGGCUUUGUGGUGGCUUUGUACCUGCUGGUGCCAGGUGAAUGCUUAAGCUGGGCUUAAAGUCUCCCCCAUGGGAUUUCAUGGUUGAAACCCCACUGGGGGGCUUGUUUUCCUUUCUAAUUUGUUUUUUUUCCCCUUUGGCCUUUAACCUGUAGGGCUGAAGCUCCUUGGGAAG